AUGAUGCGUCUGUUUCUUGCGUCAAAGGGAAACAAGGCAGAACAAAUAAACCCUCUCGCCAUGUCUCUUGGCCUAGCGGUGCCCGUCAUACUGCUCUACGCCUUCAGCCUGGCUUUGCAGACAUACGUGUUGCGGCUCGAUGUGAUCAUGGCCGUGAUCGGGCUGGUGUUUGUCGGGUUGGAAGGCCUACUAAGCGUUGGGACGGCGGUUUCCUUCUAUCACGCCUUCCGAGGCUGA